UGGUCGGGCGCGCGGUGGAGGGGAGGGACGGGGCUGCGCUGGGCUGGGCCGCCGGGUCCGCUUCCCUCGCCCUGGACUCUCGCCGGGCGGCGAGGGGUGGGGAAGAGAGCAAGACCUGCGGGCCUUUAGAUCCUGGGACCGCCCUUUCCCGCUCCAGGUCGGGCGGCGAGCAGCAACGAAGGCUGAACCCUCAGUGGCAGCAUGAGAGCGGGCACCGCCGCUCCGGGCUUGCGGCCGCGCGGCGGGCGGCGGCGUCUCUGCCGGCACUCGCCAUGGGCGCGCGGUGGGGCCGGCGGCGCACUCGGCGUGGAGGCCUGAGGCUGUCCGAGGCCCAUUUGGCGCUGAUGGCCGCCAGCCUGGUGUGCAGCGCCGUGGUCGUCUAUGUUUGCUGGAAGCAGCUGCCGCCGCUGCCCUGGGCCUCCUCCGUCCCGCCGCGGCGGGUGAGCGUGCUGCUGUGGUGGGAGCCCUUCGGGGGCCGGCACCGAGCCAAAAGGCCGCCCCCUGAUUGCCGGCUGCGCUUCAACAUCAGCGGCUGCCGCCUGCUCACUGAUCGCGCGGCCUACGGGGAGGCCCAGGCGGUGCUUUUCCACCACCGAGACUUGGUGAAGGGACCCCCGGACUGGCCCCCGCCCUGGGGCGUCCACGUGCGCCCGGCGGAGGAGCAGCAAGUGCUGAUCGACGACGAGGAGGAAGCCGCGGAGGCCUUAGCCCUGGCUGCCUCGGGCCCCAGGCCCCCGGGCCAGCGCUGGGUGUGGAUGAACUUCGAGUCACCCACCCACUCCCCGGGGCUGCAGAGCCUGGCACGUAACCUCUUCAACUGGACGCUCUCCUACCGGGCCGACUCGGACAUCUUCGUGCCUUACGGCUACCUCUACCCUAGGACCCAUCCUAGCGAGCAGCCGGCGGGUCUGGUCCCGCCACUGGCCCGGAAACAAGGGCUGGUGGCCUGGGUGGUGAGCAACUGGGACGAGCGCCAGGCGCGGGUCCGCUACUACCGCCAGCUGAGCCAGUACGUGACUGUGGACCUCUUCGGUAAGGGCGGGCCCGGGCAGCCGCUGCCUGACGUCGGGCUCCUGCACACGGUGGCCCGCUACAAGUUCUACCUGGCCUUCGAGAACUCGCAGCACCUGGAUUAUAUCACGGAGAAGCUGUGGCGCAACGCCUUCCUGGCUGGGGCGGUGCCGGUGGUGCUGGGCCCAGACCGUGCCAAUUACGAGCGCUUCGUGCCCCGCCGUGCCUUCAUCCACGUGGACGACUUCCCUGAUGCCGCCUCCCUGGCGGCCCACCUGCAGUUCCUCGAUCGAAACCCAGCUGCCUACCGCGGAUACUUUAGCUGGCGUCGGAGCUAUGCCGUGCACGUCACCUCCUUCUGGGAUGAGCCUUGGUGCCGGACCUGCCAGGCUGUGCGGAUGGCUGGGGACCAGCCCAAGAGCGUCCCUAACUUGGCUGGCUGGUUUCAGCGGUGAAGCCACCUUCCCCUGGCUGUAACCCAGGGAGGCCAAGUCGUCGGCUUUUGGAUCCUCCGGAUCCUCCGCUGUGCAUCUCCUUAACUGCCGAAUCACGGGACUGUAUUUUCCAAACACCCGUUUUUAAUCUAUUCCCAUAGACUAAAGUUGAUUUACCAAGUAAUAUUAUUCAGCACAAAGACUGGGAGGGAAGGGUCCUGGGUGCUCAUGGUUUUUGGACAACUAGCAGUUGGGCUUCCUCUGCUGUCCAAGGACAUCUGAGCUCUGGGGUGAAGAUGGGGGCCCUUCCUCCCCUUGUAACCAGUGCAGAGGUGAAGAAACAGCUUACCUACAAGAAACAAUUGUCAGUGGCUCUGAAUUUCCUCAUCUGCCACAGGCCAUAUUUGUGGCCUGUGCUGAGUCCAAAUCUCACACAGUGCUCCUUCACUCAUGUGACUGGGCCAAAUGCGGCAAACCCCUGGUUUCAGAUAGAGUCUUGUUGCGGGAUAGUGAAAGGACUGUGGCCACAAGUGGGUCUUUCUCUUUGUGCCUGGAUUUCUCAAAGCGUCAUCUCCUAAGAAGGGUGAGGAGGGUGGUCCAAGAAUCCAUUGACUUCCUUAACAGGUGCUGUUGUUUGUUCCCUUGCUCUAUGAAUGGAAACAAGAUGCUGGAUUGUCCGUGGAGAAGAGUUAGGAUGAAUAUUUGGUGUACCUCACUUUACACAAAUGUAUUCUUGAAAAGCCGCUUUUAAAUCAAAUUCACUGUUUUAGAAGAGCGCAAUAUUUAAUGGAACCCUAUGGAGAAUCCCUUUAUAAUGUGAAUAAUCAUCUCCUAACUGAUUUUUUCUGUGUCUAUGUUUUUCUAUAACCUGGAUCUUUUAAAAAAGCAUAUUAAAAUUACAGAUGUGAAAAUAAA